UUAAGCAACUUUUAGUCCGACAGAGAGCACAAAAUAGUUCACCUGAUCGGUAAUUGCAAUUAUACUACCUGUAAAGGUGCAAUUCCGAAGGUGAUAUUGCAGAAAAUCACGUAUAUAAGCCAUAAAUUUUCAGAUUAUAUUUAUAACGAUUUCGUAGUGAUCGAAGAUACAUGGGAAUUUUUUUCGUAAUCUUGAGUCUUUGGAAAUUCAACAAAAAAUCUCGCAUAUUUUACUAUAAAAAUAGUAUCAAUUGGUCAUAAACUAGUUGAAAAAUGAGAAAAUGGCAACUUUUAAUCAAGCACAACCAAUUUUAUAUACAUUUCAUCAAAUUUAUUCUCAUCAAUUAAUUCACAAUUUCAUUAUGCCACAUCAAAUGCAUCAAUCCGGUGAGACGCCGAGAAGACACUCGGACCAGUAUCGGCACUUGCAAACGUUUCACCAGAAUGCAAACCGAAACCAAUACAACCCUAUUGGAAAUAUAUUGCAAAUGUUUGGGCAACAACAGCAAACAACUCUGCCAAAGCAAAACCGAUGCAUCUCACUACAAAUGUCACAAAUAGUGAAAGAACAGAGGAAACUGCAACACAAAAUUGCACAGCAUCAAUCGCAAAAGACCGGUGAUAAAAGACACGAGAAAAAACCAAAGAAACAACCGACUAAAAUAUACUACGGAAAGAAACCUCAGGUGGUACGAAAUACCGCACAUCAUGCUGCCGCAAAUACACAAGUAGUCGCUUCAACGAUUUCACAGUCGGAGUUAGUGGCAAGUUUACGUACUUAUAUCAUCGCACCACAUCUAUUACACAUCUAUGGCUAUCCCGCCGAAAGCAUUGUGCACAGCGGUAAAAUUGUAAUUUACAAAAAGUUUCCAGCUCCUUUCUAUGCUAGGACCAACACCGACAACAAUGUGAACCCAACUGAGUUGGUGCGACAACUUGUGCCGAAUAACGAUGCAAUGCCUAAGCAAUGCGUACGCUGUGAACGUCCUUUUCGUGUCAGAAGCUCUGGCGUAUAUGUAACGCGAAAGAAAUGCAUUUUUCAUUGGGGUAAAUUGCAUAAAGUACAUACCCGGCAUAACAAAUACAAUAUACAAUACACUUGUUGUGGGCGCUCCAGACAGUCAGCGGGCUGUGCGACUAAUCCUUUGCACGUAUGGACCGGCGUUGUUUCCGGCAUUAAUGGACCAUAUGGCGAUUUCGUGCACACGCGCAAGCUUACCGACGAGCCCAAGGGGUACGCAUUGGACUGUGAAAUGUCUUAUAGUGGAUGUGGACUGGCAUUAACGAAGAUUACCGUGAUUGGCUUUGAUGGACAAUUAGUUUAUGAGCACUUUGUGCGUCCCAUUGCUGAAAUCGUCGACUAUAAUACUCGUUUCUCUGGAAUAACCGAAAGAGACUUAUCCAAAUCGAAUAAGCGAGUUAAGACACUCGGCGAAGUUCAGCGUGAUUUGCUUCAGAUAAUUCACGCCAACACUAUACUUAUCGGUCAUGGUUUGGAAAAUGAUUUAAGGGUGCUACAAAUUGUUCACAAGACAGUUAUCGACACUUCAAUAGUGUUUCCACAUUCCAAGGGUUUUCCGUAUCGGCACUCGCUUAAGCAUCUGACGAAAACGUAUUUGAAACGUAACAUUCAAUUAGAUGGCCAGAGUCACGAUAGUUUGGAGGAUGCUCGCGCGUGUUUGGAACUGAUGUUGUGGAAGGUAGCCACCGACAAACAGAAGGGCAGAAAAGUGUAGCUCGAUUGUAACAGCUAGAAUUAGGCUACGUCUGUUUAAUGGUCCCUUGUAGCAACGCUAUGCUGGCGCGGCUCUUCCAAACAAAGCGUUGAAUUUCUUAAAGCCCUAAGAUCAUUUCAUUCUUCGUUAAUCGAUGCUGCUGCGUCAUGUCACUACACAUUCCAAAAGUAUCUUAAAAUGCAACUUUGCCUUCCGUCCUUCUUCAAAUGUCACUCCACCACAGUCCAAAAAAAUUGCGAAAGUUUCGUCUCUUGUCUGCAUUCGGUUAGGAAAUAUUCUCAAAGGGAGAUGUGUAAUACAUAGAUUAUUUAACACAUAAAUGUGAAUUAAAAAAAAAACUUAAAUUUAAAAUAUAAUUAAAAAGACAAACAA